AUUUCCGUUGAAAACCCGUCGUUAACCUCCUUCACAUUUUCACCUUUUUCAUUUUUCUGUUUUUUUUCCCGAGAAAAAUUUCCCUUCCAAUGGACACCGGCGACAAGGCUAAGAAAGGCGUCGCCGGCAGAAAAGGCGGCGGCGGACCGAAGAAAAAGCCUGUCUCUCGCUCCGUCAAAGCUGGCCUCCAGUUUCCCGUCGGCAGAAUCGACCGCUACUUGAAGGAGGGCCGUUACUCUCGACGAGUGGGAACCGGCGCUCCGGUUUACCUUGCUGCUGUUCUUGAGUACCUCGCUGCAGAGGUUUUGGAACUGGCUGGGAAUGCAGCAAGAGACAACAAGAAGAACAGGAUCAUCCCGAGACACGUCCUUUUGGCUGUGAGGAACGACGAGGAACUUGGGAAGCUUCUUGCCGGGGUGACGAUCGCUCAUGGUGGGGUGCUUCCGAACAUCAACCCGGUCCUUCUUCGAAAGAAAUCCGAGAGGGCGGUGGCAGCAGCAAAGGAGCCCAAGUCUUCUUCCAAGAGCACCAGGUCCCCCAAGAAGGCCUAGCUUUGCUUCUCAUAUGCCCCCACCCACUUAUUUCUGUAUUUAGAUUGGACUUAUCUUCAUGUUUAGGACCACUUUAUCUGUUUGUGCCUUUAUAUUGUAGGACAUUCCUUUGUGUUCACAACUCAGUUGAAAUAAUGUAAGAUUUAACCUUUCUUAUGAAUCUUUGUAUCUUCCUCCACUAAUGGGUUGAUGUAUUUGGGACAUGGCCUUCAAUGUAUGGAUUGAAUGAUUGGAUCAUGGGAUGGAUAAAAUUAGACCA